GUGGUGUCAGUCAGUCGGUCGAUGGUGCUGCCGCUGCGGAGCAGAAAAACGGGCGAAAAGAUUUGGGGAAUUGACACCACCAAGAGAAUUUAACUCUUCACUUAAACACGACCCGUCAACGGGAAUAAACCGGUGCCAGGCCCCACACUCUGAGUGUUACUGAGGGCAGCAGCGAUGUCGGGCUCCUACGAUGGCUCCAUGAUCGAUGUCUCCAGCGAUAGCUUCUGGGAGGUUGGUAACUACAAACGAUCGGUGAAGCGGGUCGAUGAUGGCAAUCGGCUCUGUAAUGAUCUGAUGAGCUGUCUUCAUGAGCGGGCGCGUAUUGAGAAGUCUUACGCACAGCAGCUGACAGAAUGGGGAAAGCGCUGGCGGCAACUCAUAGAAAAAGGCCCUCAGUAUGGCACGUUGGAGGUGGCGUGGUCUGCCCUGUGCACGGAGGCGGAGAAGGUGAGCGAGCUCCACAUGGAGGUGAAAUCGGCACUGAUGGGCGAAGACUACGAGAAGCUGAAGAACUGGCAGAGGGACUCCUACCACAAACAGAUGAUCGGAGGCUACAAAGAGACCAAAGAGGCUGAUGACGGCUUCCGCAAGGCUCAGAAACCCUGGGCAAAGAAACUCAAAGAGAUGGAGACAAUGAAGAAGUCUUACCACUCUGCCUGUAAAGAAGAGAAGCUGGCAGCCAGCAGGGAGACCAACAGCAAACUGGAGAGCAACAACAACCCCGAAGCCCAAAAGAAGCUCCAGGAGAAGCUGGAGAAGUGUCAGCAGGAGGGCCAGAAGACUAAAGAACGCUAUCAGAAAUCCCUGGAGGAACUCGACAAGUUGACCCCUCAGUAUAUGGAGAACAUGGAGCAGGUGUUUGAGCAGUGGCAGCAGUUUGAAGACACACGAAUCUGCUUCUUCAGAGAGCUGCUGCUGGAGGUCAAACAGCACCUGGAUCUCUCAACCAAUCACAGAUUCCAGACGAUCUACCAGACGCUGGAAGACACGGUCUCUGCUACUGAUGCUGAAGAUGACCUGAAAUGGUUCCGGUCCAAUCACGGCCCCGGCAUGCCAAUGAACUGGCCCCAGUUUGAGAAUUUGGACUGGUCCCAUCCUCGCUCCUUUAGAAGAAGGUCCAUUUUAGACUGGUCCAUAGACCUGAACCGAACCCUCAGCAGACGAGAAAAGAAAAAGCCAUCAGAGGGCGUCACACUGACCGGCAUCAGUUCAACUGGGUCAGACCAGCAUGUCCAGCCUGCCAAGACCAUCAGCAGCCUGACUGUGCCCACUAACACAGCGCCAGUGGGCUCAAACCCCUUUGAUGAAGAAGACGAAGAAGAUGUGGAGGAGAUGGAGGAGGAGGAGGAGGAGACGGCCGUGGAGCAGCAGACCACAGUCAACCACAUCAGUGUGAAUAAAGAGGAAAUAAAAACUGCGAGCAGUACGGAGAAGACUCCGGACUGGUCGGAUGAAGACACGGGUGGUAACCCCUUCUCCACCAACGGUGAAGGGAAUCCAUUCGAAGACGAGCCGGCUUCUCCGGUCGUAUCAGUGGCUGUCAGAGCCCUCUAUGACUACGAUGGACAGGAGCAGGACGAGCUCACCUUUAAAGCAGGGGAAGAACUAACCAAAGUUGGAGAAGAAGAUGAUCAGGGUUGGUGCAAAGGCCGGCUUAAGGAUGGAAAGACCGGCCUCUAUCCUGCUAACUAUGUGGAAGACAUCCAGUAAUAACUUAUCACAAAUUAACAAAUGUGAAGAAAGAAGAAAGUGGUUUGUUUUGAAUCGACAGUGCGGCUGGAAACGAGAACACACUCUGCCUUAUUUUUAACCCUUUUUCUCCCCGACUGGUGUCGGAGAAGAGAAGUUGCAGAUUAUUAAAGGACCACUUGAGAUGUUACUUUUCACGGAUCGACAGUUCAAAGAUGGGAAAUCGAAAACAAGUUUCCAGACGAUUCCAGGCGAAGAUCACAGAGAAAUAUGGCCGUCAGUGUAAGAUAUGUUAUGUUACUUAGAAUCCCAUUUACGCUGUUACAAAAAUAAUAGCCUUUCAAGUAUAUAUUAGAUAAAAAAAUAAAUGUAUGUGUGAAUUUAUAUAUUGUUUAAACGAAACACUGGGAUGACACCGACAAAUCGUCUUGCGAUGUUACAUGCAGCCUUAAUAUGCAAGCCACUAUGGGUUCUUUAAGGGAGAUGACUCUUUAGUAAACAUAAUUAUCUGUUUUAGGUUUGAACCCAUUUGUACCUGCUAGAAUCCAGUCCAUAACUGUUCAUUGUUGGAUGUUUCUUUGACAAACUAGGCCCUUGUGUUGAGAUUGGUGUGACAGGUUUGACCUGAUUCUUUUUAAUUUGUGUUUAAAUUGUUCAUUCCUUUUCAGGGUUCUGUAUUUUCCAUUCAGUUCAUUAACUGUUCUGGUUAUUUUAUAAGGAAUGAUCAAAUCAAUUGGAGCCUUAUGCCGAUGGGUUGGUUCCUCUAGUCAUUGCAAUUGAAUGUACAUUCACUGAUUGUAUUUUAUCACUUUUGAUUGUUCAGUUUUGCUGAUGUUAGGUUAUUUCUUGUUCUGACCCGGAACAAACUGUCCUGAAGCUCCACACGGAAAACAAUCUCUGUUCUUUCUGUUGAUUGUAGAUUGUAAUAGUAUAUAUGGGUUAUUUUUCAUCCAACACUGAAAGUUUUUCACAAACGUUUAUCACACUUGAAUGGUUUUGUAAUUUCUCUUACUUCUUGUUAAAUGUCAAGUUGUGGGAGAAUAUAUUUUAAGUGUUUUUUGGGGGGGGACAUAUAUUACAAUUCAUAGCAAUAAAACUGCAGACAAGUGUGGCAUUACACAUACGUGCAUGUAAAUAGCCUGGACGAAAAAUAUUAGAACAAAUUAAGCAUCGAUAUCGGAUGUAGUUUGAAAUUGAUUGUUAAUUUAUGAUGCCACAAGUGCUUUUGUUCUACUCUUGUUAGAAUGUGACUGAGAAUUAGUUUGUAUGGUAAUUGUAUGUUUUAUGGCAAAUAUCCCUUGAAUCUGUUAUUUUGAUAUAUUUGUAAAUAUGAUUAUUUUUCCCAUCACAGAGGGCCAUAUUCAUUGAAUUAAUCAACAAAUAUGUGAAUAAUUGUUUCCCUUAGUAGCUAUGAUAUGAGUGGAUCUACCUGAUUUAAUUACCUGUAUACAUAUGUUUGAAUCAAGUAUUUUGUCAGCUUGUAUUUUCUGCAAGCUCUAAAUUCGUUGCCCAGUGUAUCGAUGAAAUAAGCGAGGGGGGGGAAAGCUAUUUGAUGCCUUUAACUGCAGCACAAGAAGAUGAGUUAUGUUGUCGAUAAUGGUGGUGAGAAAGGAGACAUUUGCCAUGUUUUCAGGGCAUGCUGACGUCAAAACGCAGCAACAGCUGUACUUGCACAGUAAGGUUUGUAAAUGUUGUCCCACGACAUAAUAAAUGAAUUUAUUGGAAACAAAA